CCACCGAAUACUUUACGAUAUAUUCUGUUUGAAAUUUUUUUUCAGUUGAUUUUUGUAUCUUAAGCUGUUUAGUCCAUUGUCUGUGGAAGAAGUUGGAAGUUGUGUUCAAGAAAAAAAAAACUUCCUUUCAAAUAUUUUAAUUUUUGUUUAAAGCUUCCAAAAAAACAAGUGAAUUUAAAUCCCAAAAAAUGCAUUCAUAUAAGAACUUAAUAUACAUUGCACUUGUGACCAUAUUGCUGUUCGCACACUUAACAGUUGCACAAGACGCUCAAAAGCGAAAUAGUUUAUUGGCGAAAAGAGCUGGUAAUAACAAAAAUAUUUUUCAAAAAACCACAACUACAACUCCAGAACCCGUCUAUGAGGAUGAAGAAGCAUAUCCUGAAGAGCCAAUUGACGAUGCAGAUUAUCACGAUCAAGAACAAUCCAGUACAACUACAACAACCACUGAGGCACCUAAGAAGAUGAUUCGUCCAUCAGUGCGUCCAAUGCGUUCAAAUGAAGAUUUACUAUCUGCACUGAAGAAACGACGAAUUAGUGAGAAGAACAAGCCUAAAGAAGUUGUUACACAAAAGCCUGUACAGGAAGAUAGACAAUUUGAACCAGAAGUAAAGCCCAUAAAGCCAAAGGUAGCAUCUGUACCGAUUUCAUCAAAUAACAGACGUUUUGGCGGACACAAAUCAACAAAUGUUAAAGCACCCGUCUCAGAUAAUCAUGCACAAAACAUCGAGGAACAGCCUACAAAAAGUUUAAGAUCUCCAAAUCGAUUCGCAAGAUCAAAAUAAAAAAAGUUUUUCUUCUAUUAAUUUGUAAAAAGAGAUUUCAUUGUAUUUAAAAAAAAGGAACAUUAAAGAUUCAAGAAAAAAGAAGUAAUAGACACAACUUAGGAUGAAAGUCCUUUGUAUUUAUACCAGUAACCAUUUACGUAGAAAUUCCUAUUUUGUUUCAUGAAAAAAAAAAAUAAACUGUAAG